AUGGCGACAACGACAGCUGAGCCAGCUCAAGAAGUCACUGCUAACGGCUCCACAGAGACCAAGGCCACGAAUAACAAGGUGGUGGAGGCGACUCCGCAAGAGCACGAGGAGGACGACGACGACGACGACGACGAGGGUGGCGAUAAUGUAGCUGGCGCGAAUGGAGCCGGUGCGUUUGGUUGUGGGUACUCCGCAGGGUCAAUCGGGGCUCGCUGAUUGAUCACUUCGUUUACGUCUUCCUCUGCUCAUGAUACAGAAAAGAAGAAGAGUAAGUCGUCUGGUCCUCCCUCCACUCUGAGCCCCCACCCACGCCCCGGCGCACGCCACGUUCUGGGGAUCCGACGGGCUUAGCACCUGCAGGGGCUGACUUUUUUGACUCAAUCGAACGACUUCUAGAGAAGAAGAAGCCCAAGAAGAAGAAGAAGGCGUCGACCUCGACCCAAACCGAACCGCCGACGAUCCCCGUCUCCAAGUUCUUCAAGCCUUCGGCGUAUCCCGUCGGUGAGAUCCAGAACUACGUCAAUGAGUAAGCUACGGGGAGCGACUCGCCUGAGAACAGCUACCAAGAGUGACUCGAUUCUGACUGUUCUGCUCUCGCUUCCUCCAGUCAAUCGUACCGAACGACGUCCGAGGAGAUGCGAGAAAAGGAACGAAUACUCUGCCAAGAGGAUCCCGAUUCGGCUUUCAACUACAACGCGAUUCGUCGGGCAGCCGAAGUCCACCGUCAAGUGCGUUCCUACGCACGCAAAAACAUCAAGCCGGGCAUGUCGAUGACUUCAAUCGCGGAGAUGAUUGAGAACGGCACCCGAGCGCUCGUCGAAGAGGAUGGUCUGAGGAGUGGGAUCGGAUUCCCCACGGGUUUGAGUAGGAACCAUUGCGCGGCACAUUACACCCCCAAUGCUGGUGAUUCGAUCGUGUUGAAGGCCGAGGAUGUGUUGAAGGUUGAUUUCGGCGUGCAUGUCAAUGGGCGGAUCGUCGAUUCGGCUUUCACAAUGACGUGGGAACCGACGUACGAUAACUUGCUAUUGGCGGUCAAGGAGGCGACGAAUGCCGGUAUCAAGGUGAGCGCUUCCCACGACGGAAAGCUCACCUGAAAAGGUAAUACUGAUGUCUUGGCUUUACUUUCGCCGGUGGCGCUCAAAGGAAGCGGGCAUCGACGUCAGGAUGGGAGACAUCGGAACCGCCAUCCAGGAGGUCAUGGAGUCGUACGAGGUCGAAGUCGGAGGCAAGACAUUACCAGGUCCGUCCGAUGUUAUCCAAUUCAUGCUUUAAUCUCCGAAGUACUUAAAUCUUCACAUGCUAUCCGACCCCACCUACAGUCAAGUCGAUCCGAAAUCUGACCGGACACUCUAUCAAGCCUUACCAUAUUCACGGAGGCAAGUCCGUCCCUAUCGUACGACAACCCGAGGACAAGGAGGAAUACAACACCAAGAUGGAGGAAGGAGAAUACUUUGCCAUUGAGACUUUCGGAAGUACGGGCCAUGGUUGGGUUCGGGAUGAUGUGAGUUUCGGCAGAGCUACGGCGCAAAAAUGUCGAUCCCGUACUGAUUCCGACUUGACAUGUACUCUCUCUUCUCCUUUCAUGAUCUAGGGUGCCUGCUCACAUUACGCCAAGAACCUUGACGCAGAUCGAGUCCCCAUCACGUGAGUGUGCGAAUCGGAGGAUCCGGACGCGCAGCUGCUCACCAUUCCCUUCGUAAACAUCGUCUCUACAGCAUGACGAGCUCCAAGAAGCUGAUGGCGACCAUCAACAAGCAAUUUGGGUCUCUUCCCUUUUGCCGACGAUACCUCGACCGCAUCGGCGAGACGUCAUACCUGUAUGCCGUAAGUCACGUGGGCCUGCUUACCCCUGAUCCGAGGGCCGGAACUGACGAUCCUUUUUCCUCCCUCGCUCGCCUUCUCAGUUGAAGGACCUUGUCGAGAAGGACCUGGUUACUGCGUAUCCUCCUCUCAGUGAUGUUGAAGGCUGCAUGACGGCGCAGUACGAACACACGAUCUUGUUGCGACCGACGUGCAAGGAGGUCGUUUCCCGCGGCGAUGACUAUUGA